AUGACGGGACGGGCAGGUCCUGGCAGCUCCGCAUGGCUCGAGGCGUCCCUUCCCCCGAAGAACGAGCGGGGUGGAGAUGCCGGCGGGGCCCCGCCCCCCCGCGCCGGGGAGAGGGAGCCCGGCGGGCUGGACUGUACCACCUGCCCGCCCGCGGGGUGGGGGGCGGCGGCGCAUGGACCAGCCCGAGCAUCGGGCGGUGGUGGGGGGGCGGCCGGGUUCGGCCGCCGGGUAAACAGCGCUUCCCCCCCGCUCCCUCCCGCCCGGCUCGGCGCGCCGGGAGAGGCCCCGCCCCCCGCGCGCGCACACACGCGCACACACACAGAGACACGCGCGCGCUGCCCGGUGUCUAUUGUGAAGCCGCCGGGGACGCUCCGCGCCCGCCGCCGCCCCCCGAAACACGGAGCCGCCAGCUGGGAAUGGCCGGCGCCGCCUGAACUUCCAGCGCCCCGGCGGCCGCGGAGGGAGGGGCUGGGGCUGAGCGGCGUGAAGGUGCGCAGCGAGGGCAGGCGAGAGGUAGGAGGUAUGCUUUUGAACUCCCAGAAGACCAAGGAAGAUGCUUCUGCUUUGUAG